UCUUGGUUUGUGACGGUGUGACGUUAAUCAGCAACUGUUGAAAGUUAAAAUCUGGAAAAAAACAUAGGGAGUCAUGUGAAAUUGCCCAUAGACGUUUCAAAAAAAACAGAGCGAAAAUGCAUAUACAAGGAAUCAUUGAAUCUGUUUCCAUCGACUCAAUCCACACGUAAAGAAAAUAACUUUCUUUUGACAGUUGGGAAUUUAAUAAAGAUAAAACCCACCUCAGAUCUCUCUGAUCUGUUGUGAGACAAUCGCAUACGACCGAUUUAAGAAACAAGACAGAGAGACCCAUGUCUGCAAUUCCACUUGUUUAUGCACCAAAAAUUGAGAUAGCAUUCAAAGCUUGUUUCAAUCGAAAUCAAGACUACCCAUUGUUCAAGUGGGUCUUUGUUCUGUGAUACGGAGUGCCCUGUAGUUGCGGAAAUUGAGGUUCUCGUUUAUCUUUGUUGACUUCCUGAAUUAAAAGCAUUUGGGCAGCCAAAAAAACCGAGGAUACAUGUUUUGAUUGGCAGAUUCUUCUGUGGGAAACAGAAGGGCUGUGUGCCCUGCACGUCUCUGGUUUCUCAAUUGGGGUUUUUGGCUGUUAAAAUGUUAAUCUUGUAGUUUUAGUAGCCGAUUGUCUUCUUCCUCUUCUUCAAACUUGGCCAAUUUCGAAAUUCAAGCUUAUUAUUUGGCUGCUGAAUAUGGAGUAUAAGUGUUACUGAAUCACUUGUAAAUGGGUUCUUUUGUAUCCUUUCGUCGUCUCAUGCUCCUCUUUUUUGGUAAGAUUCCUCUUUUUGGCUGAUUUUCUGUUAUCAUCUCCUCCUGUGAUCUCUUAUUCUUCCAAGUCUAGCUGAAUUUACAGUUAUUUUUGGUCAUGGAAAUUGGGGAAAUAAUUUGUGUGUUCGGCUAUAUUUCAUUGUUGAUUUCCCUCCAAUCUGAAACCUCCAGCGGUAGUAUUCAAAGUAUUGGCAAGAUUAGUCCAGGGUUUCAAGGAUCUCAAAUGACUUUUAUUGAUCGCGAUGGAUUGUUUCUUUUAUCAAACAACUCGGAUUUUGCUUUUGGCUUCUCCACAACCCCUGAUGUCACAUUGUUUCUACUAGUUGUCGUUCACAUGGGAAGUUCACAAAAAGUAAUCUGGUCUGCAAAUAGAGGCUCCCCAGUUACAAAUUCUGAUAAAUUUGUCUUUGAUGAACUAGGAAAUGUGUUCUUACAGAAAAGAGGGACAGUAGUUUGGACAACCAAUACUGGUGGGAAAGGUGUCUCUGCAAUGGAACUGCAAGACAAUGGAAACUUGGUUGUGCUUGGAAGUGAUAGUACUGUAAUUUGGCAGAGCUUCGACCAUCCCACGGAUAGCCUAAUCGCAAACCAGGUCCUAAAGGAAGGAAUGAAACUUGUGAGUGAUCCCAGCCCCAAUAACUUGAGCUAUGUUCUUGAAAUCAAGUCGGGGGAUAUGAUUCUUUCUGCAGCAUUUCAAAAUCCACAGCCUUAUUGGUCGAUGCGGAAGGACAAUCGGAUAAUCAUCAAUAAAGAUGGUGGGGUGGUCGCCACGGCAACUAUUGAAGGAAAUUCAUGGAGGUUUUAUGACAGCAGUAAAGUACUACUGUGGCAGUUUAUUUUUGCGGACAAUAAUGAUGCCAAUGGAACUUGGAUUGCAGAUUUAGGAAGUGACGGGUUCAUCUCUUUCUAUAAUCUCCAAGACGUUGGGGAAAAUGGUGCUACGCCAACAAAAAUACCAACGGAUCCAUGUGGCACACCAGAACCUUGUGGUGCAUAUUAUAUUUGUUCAAGCGACAACAAAUGCCAGUGCCCUUCAGCUCUUAGCGCCAGUGGAAAUUGCAGUACAGGGAUUGUCUCUCCAUGUGAUGGCUCAAAUGAUUCUACACAGCUUGUGAAUUUUGGAGAAGAGCUCGGUUAUUUUGCGCUUGGUUUCCUUCCACCAUCUUCGAAAACUGAUCUAAACGGUUGCAAAGCUUCAUGUGCUGGUAACUGCUCUUGCCUUGGUAUUUUCUUUCAAAAUAGUUCCGGCAACUGCUUUUUGCUAGAUAGCUUAGGUAGUUUCAAGUCCUCUGAUAGGGACUCGGGUUUUGUUUCCUACAUUAAAGUCUUAAGUAAUGGAGGUGGCACAAUUGAUGAGAAGGGCUCUAGCAGCAAAAAACCCUUUCCAUUUGUGGCCAUAAUAGUUAUUGGCACGGUACUUGUCAUUGCUGGUCUGCUUUAUGCAGCAUUUCGAUAUUACAAGUGGAAGAAAAGAUUGCCAGAAUCUCCUCAAGAGACUUCCGAAGAGGAUAAUUUCCUGGAGAGUUUGUCCGGGAUGCCUAUUCGUUUCUCCUUCAAAGAUCUUCAAACGGCAACAAAUAAUUUCUCAAUGAAGCUGGGGCAAGGAGGGUUUGGCUCGGUUUAUGAAGGAGCUCUCCCAGAUGGAACCAGACUUGCUGUAAAGAAGUUAGAAGGCAUUGGUCAAGGAAAGAAGGAAUUUAGAGCUGAAGUUAGCAUAAUUGGGAGGAUCCAUCAUCAUCACUUGGUGAGGCUCAAAGGCUUCUGUGCUGAAGGAACACACCGGCUUCUUGCGUAUGAGUACAUGGCUAACGGGUCCUUGGACAAAUGGAUAUUCAAGAAAAACAAAGAAGAAUUCAUGUUAGAUUGGGAAACAAGAUUCAGUAUAGCAUUGGGAACAGCAAAAGGAUUAGCUUACCUCCAUGAAGAUUGCGAUGCAAAGAUUGUUCACUGCGACAUUAAACCUGAAAAUGUGCUUCUUGACGACCGUUUCCUGGCCAAAGUCUCAGAUUUUGGCUUAGCAAAGCUAAUGACUCGAGAACAAAGCCAUGUUUUCACAACCAUGAGAGGCACUAGAGGAUACCUUGCUCCAGAGUGGAUAACCAAUGUGGCCAUAUCCGAAAAGAGUGAUGUGUAUAGCUAUGGAAUGGUGUUGCUAGAGAUCGUUGGUGGAAGGAAAAACUAUGACCCUACAGAAUCCUCGGAGAAAUCCCACUUCCCGUCCUACGCCUUCAAGAUGAUGGAAGAAGGGAAACUGAGGGAUAUCGUUGACACAAAACUGAAGGUAGCUGCAGAGGACGAGGAGAGUGUUUCCAGAACUAUGAAAGUUGCAUUAUGGUGCAUACAGGAAGACAUGCAUGUAAGGCCAUCGAUGUCCAAAGUUGCUCAAAUGCUUGAAGGCCUAUCUCCAGUUCCUCUUCCACCAAUGUCCUCUCCACUUGGAUCUCGCCUUCACGCGAACUUCUUCAAGUCGAUUAGCGAGGAGGGCACUACAUCUUCAGGACCAUCGGACUGCAACAGUGAUGCUUAUCUAUCUGCAGUGAGACUCUCCGGUCCGAGAUAACAUCUACUGAAGCCUUUUUGUUUACUUGUUUCAUAUCUGAUGUUCAUGUAUAUCCUUUAAAUUGCUUGAAAUUUUGUAAUACUAGUAGCCAUUACUAGAGCUUGAUAACUUUCUGUGAGUUUGUGCUGUAAAUUGAAGGUGUACUGCAUAGGAUCAUUAUUAUUCAAGAAAUUUAACUUGCAUGAAGCCUUGGAAUCCUAGCA